AGGGAGACAAACCAGGCCUAACAAGAGCCCAGCCUGGUGGACCGUAGCGCGGUGGAGCUCAUUUCUAACAUAUUUAUAUGCAUUGGAGUGUUGGUGUUUUUUAAUCCGUGAAAUUAUACUAUGGAUAAUUUGGUAUUCAAAUGGAUACAAUUUCACACAACUUGUCACUAAUAAAUAGAUCUAGUAAGUUAUAGGUUUAGUUUGUGAAAUGGGGAAUAUCUAUUAAAUUUGACAAUUUUCACCACGUCGCUUAAAAUAACUUAUCUUUAGUUGUAGGUCACUUCUAAGGUUCAGAAGAAGUCAAGCUUGUUCCAAAACCCAACGACGAUAGAAUGCAUGAGAUUCAACUGAUGCGGACAGACACAAAUGAUUGUUCCAUUCCUUGGUAUUCUUCACAUGCAAUAGUUUUAACCCGUCGUCGUUGAAGAGAGACGUCGGAAAAAAGAAAGAAACGGCCCUCGAAUGGCCAGGCAUGAUGCGGGCCAAACGAUAUAUAACACUGUUGAAGAGCAGCUUCUUUUGGUGGGAAAUCACAAUGGAACAUAUUCGAUACCAUCAAGUCAUGGAACUAAUAUUAUGGAACACAAUAGUUCCACCACGGACGAUUACGACUAUGAGCAAAACGAUUUUGGUUUGGACGAAGUGCCACUUGACGAACUGGUUCCGGUGGCCGUUGUGUACGGACUAACACUUCUGUUGGGAGUCAUCGGGAAUUCCUUGGUCAUUGUCUCGGUGACUCGUUAUCAGCGCAUGCGCAGCAUUACCAACAUUUUCCUGUUGAGUUUGGCGUCUGCUGACCUCCUUCUGGUCUGCAUCUGCAUACCAGUCAAGUUUGCUGGCUUUGCUACCUACACUUGGGCCUUCGGUGAGCUCCUCUGCAAAGGUGUACACUACCUUCAGAAUGUUUCAUCUGUUUGUUCUGUUCUGACCUUGACAGCCAUGAGCAUGGAAAGGUAUUACGCUAUCAGGCACCCAAUGAGAGCCAAGUAUAUGUGUACCCCUGGACGUGCGUGGCGUGUCACCUGUGUUCUUUGGACAAUGUCCAUCAUCUUGGCCUUGCCAAUUAUAUUCCAAAAGGUUCACAAGGAGGUCGGGAAAAAUGUCAAGGCUUACUGGUGCGUCAACAACUGGGACGCUGUCCUGUACAGCCGGCUGUACGAGAUCUACAUGCUGUUCCUAAUGUUAAUUCUGCCUUUACUCAUCAUGACAUUCGCCUACGUCAGCAUUAUACGUGAACUCUGGACCAUGGCCAGUCUCAGGUCAAGCAUGACCAGCCGAAGUUACAUUGUGAAAAGAAAUAGCCAAAAUAAUACUACCAAUGGUCAGUGUAGCGGAGUGACCAAUGGGUCCAAUACAGCUUGGUCUGCUGCUAGAGGUGUUGGUGGUGGCAGUGCCAGAUUCGCUUUCAGAACAAAAAACUCUACCGGGGCCACUUGUCAUUCAACAGGUGCCUCGUGCCACUCCACACCUGGUUCCAGCCCUGGCAGACACAGCGAAAGGUCGCCGGUAAUACGCGCUCAGCCCAGGGAAGGAGAUGACGACAAAACAAAGAAACAGGUGAUCAAAAUGCUGGUGGCAGUGAUCGUCGUGUUUAUCGUCUGCUGGGCUCCCAUCCUGAUCAGCCAAGCACUGACCGCCUUUGACGUGAUCAACAAUCUGAACUACGGCUUCCUGAAGCCCAUGCGGCAGGUGUUUUACCUGAUGGCCUACGCCAACUCCUGCAUCAACCCUCUCAUCUACGGGUUCAUGUCCAAGCACUUCCGGAGCACCUUUUACCACGCGCUCUGCACCUGCUGGAAAUCUCCUCACAGUCUGAGGUCCCGUGUGCUGCACCGGCAGACGUCAUGGCAGAGCCGGUCAACUCACAUUCGGGAGCUCGGUGACCUUGAACUUACUUCGGUCGAGGUCGGCGGCUGUGGCUCGUGCACUCCCAGCAACGUGUGAAAACACAGCACGUGCGACUUGCCACGUGACACAGUAUGGGAGUCUUUAUUUACUACAUAACCCCACAGGAGCGUCUUGCUACAGGACACAGUAUGGUAGUCUUUAUUUGCUACAUAAACAUAAACAUAACAGAAACUCCUGUACGAAGUGUGUCCUUUAAUUCUGUAUGGCCUACACAGAUAUAAUGAACACAAGUGAACACCUAAGAUGGAAAUGUUCCAAAUAUGACUUAGUCCAGCAGCCUGUGGAGACAAAUGUUUUGUAGAAACUUAAUUUAGUCCCAAUUCAUUGGAUUUGGUUUUACUUUUAAUGGAUAGUAGAAGUAGGCCAUUAAUGAAAUGAUGUCAAAGUUGAACAAGUUCAAUAUAAAACUUACUUUUGUUUUAGGUCCUCGCUUAGAUUGAGUGAAAUCGCAUCAAUUAUCAGGAAACGAUUCUCUAGGAAAAGGUUUCUGUGCUGUAUUUUCAAAAGCAAUUUUUUAACAAAUCUGCUCGAGUCAGAUUCGUACUCAACGGGCUUUGCCACUGAGCUAUUCAUAUAAAAAUUGCAGGUUUUGUUAGUUAUUAGUUAGUUUUAAAUUUUUAACGAACGACCUAAUUCUCUACAUAAAUGCGAUUAUUUUCAUGGGUCGCCAGUCAUUGAAUUAGUACAUUUUCCAUAUACAACCUGAUUACUUAAUAACGACUAAUUGAUGAACUAAUUGGUUAAAUUCCUGAUUGAUUUCUGUGUUGACAUUGGCAGUAAAUAGUGAGAAGAAGUAAUGUAUAGCAGCUUGUGACCAGACAGACGGAGUGACUUGAUAUAGGGUCGAGAAACGUUGUGAGAAAUUCUGAUAGCUGCUGAAUGAUCAGAGCAGGGCCAGUUUUAGGCAUAGACAAACUAGGCAGCCGCCUAGGGACUCCAAAUGGUCAGGACAUUGCACUGAACUAAAAAUAAAUUACAGAAAACAUUUCGAAACUUCGAUCAGAUCUCAAACAUAAAAUUCUAACGCUGUCUCUACUAGGAGAUAUGACUUUCAGUAUUUGUCGAUGUAGAUAUAGAUGGUCAGGUUUUUAAUAACUUGAGUAAUUUUUUUUCACUGUGUCUUUUUAUUCUUUUAAAUUUUAUGUGGCGGGCCACCUAAUUCACUUUGCCUCGGGCCUCCAAUAAUCCAAGGACCGCCAUGCUCAUAGAGAUGUAGUCUCAAGCUUUUUAGAAAACUGAACUCCAUUUUAUGAUUGAAUACAUUUUUGACUAGAGUUAUUGCCAUCAAAUAUAUUGCUGUAUUUUUUUUAUGUUCUUUGAUUUUGAAACAAAACAUUAAACUUGACUGAGAAACGUU